ACAUCAUGAAAGUGUUCGUUGUUCUUGCCUUGGCUAUUGCCACAGCUUCAGCUGGAACUAUCCUGCCUGAAGGUAAAUUUAUGCAACCCCGUUUCUUGCCAGAGAUCCUUGAAGUUGAGGGUCGCAUUACCAAUGGCAAGGAUGCUGCCGAAGGUCAAUUUCCCUAUCAGGUUGGUUUGAGCUUCUCUAGCCCCAGCGGUGGCUGGUGGUGUGGUGGUUCUUUGAUUGACAACAAUUGGGUUUUGACUGCUGCCCACUGUACCAAUGGUGCCUCCUCUGCCACCGUCUAUUUGGGCGCCACUGUCCGUACCAGCCCCAAGGUCACCUACACUGUUGCCAGCAGUGAAUUCCGUCAACAUUCCGGCUACAACUCCAUUGUCUUGAGAAACGACAUCUCCUUGAUCAAAAUCCCCUCGGUCACCUACACCGCCUACAUCAAGAAAAUCGAAUUGCCAGCCAUCUCUUCGUCCUACUCCACCUAUGCCGGUGAUAUGGCCAUUGCCUCUGGUUGGGGUUUGGUCUCUGACUCUGCCACCGCUGUUGCCUCCAAAUUGCAAUAUGCCCCCAUGGAAGUCAUCACCAACAGUGUCUGUGCCAAUACCUAUGGUAGCUUGAUCAUCACCUCCAAGAACAUUUGCACUGCCACUCCCAGCGGUACCUCGACCUGCAGUGGUGAUUCUGGCGGCCCAUUGGCUUUGGUUAACUCUGGCAAAUUGAUUGGUGUCACCUCUUUCGUUUCGUCGGCUGGUUGCCAAUCUGGUGCCCCAGCUGGUUUCGUCCGUGUCACCAGCUAUUUGGACUGGAUCAAGGAGAACACUGGCAUUGCCUACUAAAUGGAUUUUG